AUGGUGAGAGACUUAUACAGCAAAAAUUCUGAAGCUUGCCGUUGUUGCUCUUGCAGGUUUUGCAGUUGGUGAGACCUACUCAGUUCCAUGGGCUAGUGUAGAUGUACCUGUAGAACUGCAGAAAAGGGUCUUUCCAUUUGUUGAAGGGGCUUUAGUGAGCUUACAGGAGAGUGGGUGCCCAAAUGAAGGAACAUAUAACUUUCUGCGGCUCCUUGUGGAACUGCAAUCUUUCUUCUGGAGGACAAUGGCUGCAAUCAGUCUGCAGUUUCCAAACUCAGGGCUUCUUCAACGCAUCAAGAUUAUUCAAGAUGCCAAUGCAAAGGCCUUCUUCAGCAAGUGGCCCUCUGCAGUGAAAGCGCAAGAGGACUUAAGCCUCACUGAUAGUGAUAUCAGUACCUUAUUCCAUGAGACGCCGACACGGCAUGCAGUUUCAGCCAUGUCACUUCGUCUUCGUGGUCUUGAAGAUACUGCCCAGGCACAAACUCACCUGAUGGAAUGUUUGAUUUCUCACAUGGAUCCUCUAUCUCCGUCGAAGCAGCCUUCAGGAGGUAAGGGUGCCAUCAUCCGAUUCCCAUGUUCAGCAAGUGCCUCUGUGCAGCACCAUGCUGAAGAAAGUACUGUUCCAUUGAGAGCUUUAGAAAAUGAUCAAGAUGUUCACAUGUCCUCGCCACCAAGCUCUCCAACCCUGUGUCCUUGUCAGCUCUUUGAUUCAAAUCUCCCAUUUGGCAAUCUCAUUCCAGUAUCACCAUUUUGCAGCCCAACGAGAUCAGCAAGCAAUGAAGUAACAACUUUCCCUACACUCUCAUCUUCUAGACCAACCGAUAUCUUUAUACCGUACAUACUUAACAUCAAUCAGAAGACUUACUAUGUACUCCCUAUUCUACCAUUGCUACCAGACCAGCCCCAGUCUCGUUCAUCUCAUGAUCUCAUUAUUCCUUCUCUCGCUGCAUACUCCCCACAAGUCCUACCAACAUUCAAAAAAUCAGAGACAAAUUGGCAGUCUGUAUUUUCACGAGUAAUGGAUCCAGUAAAGCUGUGGGACUGUUAUGUCCCCAGGAGUCUCGGAGAUUACCCUGAUGUGAAGAGUAUCUGGCAAUCUUGGAGUGAGGGAGCCAUCAUAGAGGACAUCGGAAGACUGCCGCCAAUACAGCUGAUUGAAAAUAAGUGGGGUAGCUUGAAGAAUGGCACUAUGGGAAAGGGGAGACUUCCAUCAUGGAGACCCCGUAAUGAUGCCAAGGUAUGGUUCCAUGCAUGGCAUACCAGUUUCUAUUUGCACUAAGUAACAAAUCACAUCCAUCUCUAGGCCUGAAAAAUCUGGGGCAACUACUACUUCUUUGUAAAGUGCAUCGAGACAAUGCUUGCAGAGGGCCAAAGCUCAGAUGAUGUGAUCCAGGUCCUUGAAGCAUGUCGUCAGGAGCUGACAGGAAGCAAGACUGUCAAUGCGCUUCACUCUGCUUUACAGAUCAAGAAGAAGUAAAAAUUUAAUUGUACUGUUAUGUUAUUAUUAUAC